AUGUGGUCAUCCAGCAGCUCCAACACGUGCUGUUCUGCAUUCAUCCUGACAGACAUCCCACUUCUGGAGGCUGCUUGUGUCUGGCUCUCCAUCCCUACUUGCCUUUACGUCGCAUUCCUUGUGGGGAACUGCACCAUCCUUGUCAUCAGCACUGAUCCGAGCCUCCACAAGCCCAGGUACUGUUUCCUGGCCAUGCUGGUCAUCUCUGAUUUGGGUUUGUCUCUGCUUCCUGUCAUGAGUAUUUUCUGGGUCAACUACAGGAAAACCAGUUUGGAUGCUUAUUUUGUUCAGGGUUACUUCAUUCAUUCCUUCUCAUUCUUAGAGUCCUCAUUGCUCCUGGCCAUAGCCUUUGAUCACCGUGUGGGCAUCUGCUACCCAUUGAGAUACUCCUCAAUCCUCACCAUUGCCAGGAUCAGCAGGAUUGGGCUGGCUGCCCUCUGCAGGUGUCUGUUAGGAGUGCUGUCAUCAAUCUUCGUGCUGAGAAGGUUGUCCUGCCGAUCCCACGUGUGCUCCCAUGCCUACUGUCUGCAUCAGGACCUGAUCAAGCUGGUGUGUGCAGACAUCACAUUCAAUAGCAUGUAUAGGUUAGCCGUGGUAAUCCUCAAAAUUGUACUAGAUCCAUUGCUUAUUGUUUCAUCACAUAUUAUGAUUUGUAAGAAAAUUUUGAGCAUUGCAUCCCAGAGAGAAUAUCUCAAGGCUUUGAACAAUUGAUUGUCCCAUAUCCUGGCUGUCCUGAUCCUGCACAUCCCCAUGGUUGUCUUGUCCAUGGUUCACUGUUUCGGCAAACACGCUUCUCCUCUUGUUCAUGUCCUCAUGGCCAAUAUCUACCUUCUGGUCCCCCCUUUGCUAAGCCCCAUCAUCUACAGCAUAAAAACUAAACAGAUACGUCAAGGUCAUCAAGGUCUUCAUGUCAAGAAAGAGUUUCUCCAUCACAGCACAUAA